GCGGGUGUGAAAUGAAGCAGCAGGCUGUUCCGGGAUCCGCGGUGGAGCGAAGCUGCCGUCGCUGUUUGUGCUGCGCGGUUUGUUGUUGAUCCUCUUCGUCGCGUCCCGCGCGUUAAAUCCGGACCUUCAGCCCGAACUGACCCGACUUUCCAGGAGCCGAGCGGUAUGAAGCCACUCCGGAGGGGUGGCGUCCCGAUGCUGACGUAGCUGAGGAGGAUGUGAGGAGAUGUCUGGUUCUCUGUGAGCUGUGAGCUGAAGACGUGCUGAAGAUGCCUGCGGUGUCAACGGGGCUGAAGGAGCUCUACCUGUCCACCUCGCUGGGAGAUCUGAACAAGAAGGCCGAGAUUAAACCCGAUAAAGUCAGCACCCGACAUUAUGUUCAGAGUGCGUGUAAAAUCUUCAAAGCGGCGGAGGAAUGCCGUCUGGACCGGGACGAGGAGAAAGCCUACGUCCUCUAUAUGAAAUACCUGACUGUGUACGACCUCAUCAAGAAGAGACCGGACUUCAAACAGCAGCAGGAUUUCUACCUGUCCAUCCUCGGUCCGACGAGCUUUAAGAAGGCGAUCGAGGAGGCGGAGAAACUGUCAGAGAGUUUAAAGCUCAGGUAUGAGGAGGUGGAGGUGCGGAAGAAGCUGGAGGAGAGAGACAGGAGGGAGGAGAGAGAGAGAGAAAGACGGGAGGAGAGAGCGAGAGCAGAGGAGCGAGACGGAGGCCGAGCUUCACCUAAAGCCGCGGAAAACCGGAGAGACAGUAAAAAGGCCAAAGGGGAACAGAAUGACCUGAAGAGUGCGCCCUCUACAGCGGCUCCCAGUGGAGGGAUCACUGCGAGGCAGCUGUAUAGCAUGAUGCUGGACUCCAGCAUGAGUGUGCUGGUGAUGGACGCUCGCAAACUGGCCGACUUUGAGGAGUCACACAUGAUGGUUCAAGAUCAGAAGUGUAUCACUGUUCCGGAGGAGGCCGUCAGCCCUGGUAUGACGGUGAAUCAGAUCGAGCUGAAGUUACCAGCUGCUUCCCUGCCACUGUGGAAGCAGCGGGGCAGUGUGGAUUAUAUCAUUCUGCUGGACUGGUUCAGCUCUGUGUCUGACCUGAAGCUGGGCACCACCCUGCUCAGCCUGAAGGAGGCGCUCUUUAAGUGGGACAGUGUUACUAUCCUGCGCAGUGAGCCGAUGGUGCUGGAGGGCGGAUAUGAGAACUGGCUGCUCUACUACCCGAUGUUCACCACCAACGCCAGAGUUAAACCCCCGAGACAAGACACACUCAACACGCUGCCACAACUGAAUUUCAGUUACCCGUGUUUGGAGGAGCCACAGGUCGAGAGCGUGACGGUGAAGGACGGAGUGGGCGAGGCCGCGAGCGUGCAGGUUAACGGGAAAGUCUCAGAAGAGGUCUCGCACACCGAGCCCACCGGACCCACCGGACCCACUACGCACACUCCCACUCACACACCCACCCACACCCCCACUCACACACCCUCAGUGCAGCCCGCAGCCAGCGCGGUCACUCCGUCCGCUGCCAAACAGCCUGCGGCCACGGCGAAGCCCAUUCCACAGAUCGACCGCACCAAAAAGCCGGCAGUUAAAGUCUCAGAUGGCGGUAAAGCGAGUGAGGAGGGCGGGGCUAAGGAUGCUCCUGUCUCCACGGCAACAAACGGGCCAGUGAUCCCAGAUCGGUCAGCCAAACCGUUUCUGGACGCCACCAGCGCUCCAAAAGAGCAGGAGAAGAGAGGGAGCGAGGGAGAGGUGGAGAGAGGAAGGAGAGAACAGCAGGAAGAGGAGGAGAGGAGAGAGAGGGAGGCGGCGGAGAAGCGGCAGAGGGAAGAGAGGGAACGGAGGAGAGGAGAGGAGGAGCAGAAACAGGAGCAGAGGAAGCUGGAGCGACAAAAGGCUGAGGAUGAGGACGAGGAAGGAGAGGAGAGAGGGAGGAGAGGAGCCAAGGAGGCGCUGGACGCUCAGAUAAAGAGCAUGUCUCUGGACUCCCCUCUGCCGAACUCCACUGUCUCUGAGAUAAAGAGGGAGCCUCUGACUCGCGCUCGUAGUGAGGAGAUGGGGAGGACGGUGCCUGGGCUACCUGAGGGAUGGAUGAAGUUUCUGGAUAUCGUCACCGGGACAUACCGGUAUUACCACUCUCCAACCAACCGGGUGCACCUGUAUCCCCCGGAGGUGAGUGUGCCCCAGACUCCCCCGGCCACGCCCCCCACGCCCAAACAGAAGCCCCCCCGCCCCAGCGCCUCAGAGAAGGAGAAGGAGAAAGAGAAGGAGCGCGAGAGGGAGAGGGAGAGAGAGCAGUCCAAACUCAAACGCUCGUACUCCUCCCCCGACAUCAGCCAGGACCUCAACACCAUCAACACCAUCAACACCCUGAACACCCUGAACACCCUGACCACAGAGGGGCCGCGAAAGCCCACCCCAACACCCACCAUCAACAGAGACACCAAACCUCUGACUGCCACCAGCUACGCUAAAGUGGAGGUGGCUCGUCCGUCUGCCGCUAAGAUCCGGAACAUGAACCCGGUUUUCGGCGGUUUGGGUCCGUGCUUGACCGGCCUGCGUAACCUGGGCAACACCUGCUACAUGAACUCCAUCCUGCAGUGUCUGUGUAACAGUCCGCUUAUGGCCGAUUACUUCAACCGAAACCUGUACCAGAAUGACAUUAACAGGGCCAAUAUUCUGGGCCAUAAGGGUGAGGUGGCGGAGGAGUUUGGUGUGAUAAUGAAGGCUGUGUGGUCGGGGCAGUUUAAGUUCAUCAGCCCCAGAGACUUUAAAAACACCAUCAGCAAAAUUAACGAGCAGUUCUCCGGCUACGAGCAGCAGGACUCUCAGGAGCUGCUCCUGUUUCUGAUGGACGGCCUGCACGAGGAUCUCAACAAGGCGGAUAACCGUAAGCGCUGUAAGGAGGAGGUGAUCGAUCACCUGGAUGACGUUAGUGCAGCUGAGCUGGCGUGGAGUAAACACAAGCUGCUGAACGAGUCCAUCAUUGUGGCCAUGUUUCAGGGUCAGUUCAAGUCCAGCCUGCAGUGCCUCAGCUGCCAUCGCAAGAGCCGCACGUUCGAAACCUUCAUGUACCUGUCCCUGCCGCUGGCUUCCAGCAGCAAGUGCUCGCUGCAGGACUGUCUGAAGCUGUUCUCCAAGGAGGAGAAGCUGACGGACAAUAAUAAGGUCUACUGUCCGCACUGCAAAGGCCAUCGCGAGUUCACCAAGAAGCUGGAGAUCUGGAAGGUUCCUCCCAUCCUUCUCGUACAUUUAAAGCGGUUCUGGUAUGAAGGACGUUGGAAGCAGAAGCUCCAGACCUCCGUGGAUUUUCCUCUGGAGAACCUGGACCUGUCUCAGUACGUCAUCGGCCCCAAAACCAGCCUGAAGAGAUACAACCUGUACGCCGUCUCUAAUCACUAUGGUGGUCUGGAUGGUGGUCACUACACGGCGUACUGUAAGAACGCCGCGAGUCAGCAUUGGUUCAAGUUUGAUGACCACGAGGUGUCGGAGAUCUCCACCUCCUCGGUCAAAUCCUCUGCUGCGUACAUCUUCUUCUAUUCUUCCCUCUAAGAGUGUCGCCGUGGCGACCAGGUGUGGUUCACCUACGUUUGCAGAGCUGCUGUGGGCGGAGCUUAAAGCCCCUCAGUGAAGAGGAGGAGCUGACGAAGAGUUUCGCCGAGAACGAAGAUGCAAAAGCUCACACCCAUCUGUAAUCUCUACUAUCUCUCUAUCCUCUCUCUCUCUGUCUCUCUCUCGCUCUCUCAGUAGAGAAGUUAAUCUGUUAAUCUGUUUUUAUUCCGGACAGCAGGAGGGGGCGGAGCUCGCUCACUGCUUUCGGCUUUGGACACUAACAGCAGGUGGGACGCAGCCGUGUGUGUGGUCAGGUCUGGUCCAGUACGGAUCUGGAACCUUUAGACCACUUAAAUUCAGAUUCUGUUUGUGACCUCCACAGCCAGACCAAAUAUAUCUAGACCCGUGUGUUCUAGAGUUCUGACUGGGUUUAGAAAUCUAAUUCAGCUCUGGAGUUCUGGUUUUGAUAGAUAUCUGAUUAGGUUUAGGCUCUUACUGGAUCUCUGGUUGGGUAUCUGGUGUUCUGCUUGGAGUCGUGGAGCUUUAGUUGGGUGUCUGGAGCUUUGACUGGAUUUUAGAGCUCUGAUCAGGUUUCUGCAGGUUCGGGUGGGUUUCUUCAGCUCUGGUUGGGUUUCUAGAGACCUGAUUGAAUUUUUGAAAACUGACUGGGGUUCCGGAUAUCUUAUUGGGUUCUCAGACCUCUACGCAGGUUCUCAGGUCUGGUUUGUUUUGGUCUGGCUGUUUGAGACGGGCUGAAAGGCUUUAUGUCGUUGCCGACCUGCCGCGUUUCACCUUCCACUAAAAAUCACAGUAGGGGGAUAAAAACAUCUACAUGCAGCUCUUGCACACUGACGAUGUACAUAUGGCUUGUGGAGACGUUUUUAUUUAUUUUUAAAGUGACCAAAUCUUUCCUGAGAGAUGCGGAGUGCCUCUGAGGGUUACAGCAGAAACCCGGAGAGCGGAGCGUCCCGAGUCCGGGCUGGACUGGGAGGAGGAAGCCUGUUGAACUCAGACUAAUCCAUUAUGGCGUUCAUGUAUUCUGAGCCAUUAAUCUCACCUUAUUCUUUGACUGGCAUGGCGAGUGUCGGCGCUGUGUUAGAGCAUAUAGUUCCAGCGCGUCGUAUUACCAGAUUAAGCUGGGUCAGGGUCAGGGUCAGGGUCAGGGUCAGGGUCAGGGCUCACCCUGCUCCAUGUCCUGUCCUAAUGCAGUUAUAACUCACUUAUACGCCUCAGUUACAGUUCAACCUGCAGUAACGUCCAGCUAUAACAUGUUAACGUGCUAUCGCAGCUGUGCUGAGCCCCUGGACAGACUGGACACUGGCAGAGCGGGGUGAGUAGUGUCGGUCCUGACCGACCCCCAGGGUCAUCUUGCCGUGUUCACCAGUUUCAGGGGGAAUGUUUUUCAGAUUAUCGCUUUAACACAAACUGCCUUUCAUGGACAGCUCUGUGGGUUUACUACCCUCAGUAACGUUGCUCAGCUAAGGCUGACCAGAACGCUUGGUCAGUUUAGAAGGAGCACACGUGGUCCUCAGAUCACCCCCCCACUGCAGCAUGACGCCCAGCACUGAGAGAAGGUGAUUCUGUUUGAGACGUAAUUGAAUUGUUUUCUCCGCUGUCAGCGGCUGUAACUCACACCAUAAACACGUAUUUACCCAGCUGUGAAUAAUAAAGCAAGUCACGCCCUGAUUUCUGA